GGAUGAGGGGAUAUUUUCAAAAUGGCGGCGUCCACUGCGUUUCUGUGCAAAAAUGGCGGCUGCCGGUUUUAAUUUCUCUGGGCCGCUGUCGUGAAUGCCGAACGCACGUUUUGGUUUCUUUGCUCGUGUUUUAUCGUCAGGAUGGCAAGUUGCGUGACAAGGAAGCUGGGAUCUCAGUUGACAAAAAUUGCUUUGGUGUCUCGGAGCCUCCAUUGCAGUACUGCAUAUCAGGCUGGUAAACUGUGGAGAUUAAAGCAGGGUUUGCCCUGGAACGGUUCACAAUACGGGCCCAUCACAGACCUGCCUGAUUGGUCAUUCGCUGAUGGACGCCCUGCUCCGCCAAUGAAAGGUUAUCUUCGCCGGCAGGAAAAGAACAGAGAGUUUGCACGUCGUGUAGCCAAGCUCUCUUCAGAGAUUGACCAUGGGAUGGAGAAAUGGAAGGCCAAGCAGAGAGAAGAAGAGCAAGAGGCUGAGGCAAAGCAAAGCAACAGACUCCAGCCCAAAGGAAGGUUCCAUCCACUGAUCCCAAAAUAAAUAUUAAUCUGUAUACUA